UUAGUCAGGUUAAAAGAUGAGGGGUACAUUUAAGGAUAUUGUGAUUUUUUUAUGUUCAAAGAAAAAAGGUGUCAAGAACUGUAAUCCAUCAUUCUUGUUAACAAAAGGAGAGAAGAACUUUUGGCAUAAAUAGAGGGUCACAGAGAACUGAGUGGUUUAGCUUUGAGUAAGUGAAAGGGAAACAUCAAAAUGAACUGAGAAAAGUUGGAUAUGAAACUGUGAAAAGCAAGAAAGAGCACAUCAGAGUACACCAAGGCACAGAGAAAGGAAGUUAAAUCCAGGAAGUGUGAAACACAUGAACCACGAAAAACUUCCAUCCUUAAACUUCAUUCAUUUCAGUGUUAGGGAGGUAUCAGCGUGAACUGAGCAAAGUGAUGUGUUAAAUGGGCAAAGUGAUAUAUGACAACUGAUAAAAAAAAACAGAGAUGGAACCACAGCAAUGAGAGAUAAUCAAGGAAAAGCAUGAAACAUGCAAACUUAAGAGAUGUUCUAGGUAUUACUAUGAAAUAUUAAAUUAAAUAAUACCACUGAUAGGAAAAGGCAGAGUGAACACAGACAAGAGGCAAAGAGAGAUGUGUUAAUCUGUGAAAAUUGGUGAAAUACAUGAACUGUGUAUGUUCCAUAUUCCACUACAUUAAUUGCAGCAUUAGGAUUAUGUUAGUGUAAAGUAAUUUAACUGAUAGACGGACAACAGGCAAAGGCAAUGGAUACAGCACAGCACAUACAGCAAAGACUUAAUUGUGUUUAUCCAUGGAAAGUGUGAAAUACAUGAACCAUGGACAAAUGUUCUCAUCCAAUAUUUAACUUCAUUAAUUUCAGCAUUAGGAUAAAAUUGGUGAGGACUGAACAAACAGAUGUGUUAACUCAUCAAACUGAUAUAUGAAAACUCUGGAGAUUACACUGCCGAAUUCACCUCUCUGUAUGCGGAGGUUAUUCUUAUGUAAAUCCAGCAUAUGUCUUCGUGAUUUGGACACAGCUCAGUUUGACACCAAACCUCAUACAAGGCAGAAAAUGAUAUACUGUACUUUUUAAGUGUGUUGGAUCACAGGCAUAUUACAUACAGGAGAAAUGAAGUGGAAGCUAACCAUUACUGGAUCUUCAAAAAUGUAACUUCAGGGGGAGGUUUCUGAUUCAUUUAUGGAGUAGAAAAACUAAGUAAACUUGGGCCUACGCUCAAAAAAUAACUUAAUAUACAAAAUUCGACCACUUAUGAGAAAACUGUUAUUACAUUAACUUAGUCUCAAUAAGAUUACUCAAUACAGUGAUCAGUCAACUCCAACAUCUCAAGCUGCCAAGGUGGGACAAGGCUCAAAUCAGAAUCAAAAACAAAAUGAACAAUUCAAGUUUGGAAAUAAUGACAACCAGCUCGCCCACAUUGCUGCCAUCUAGUGGGGGUCUGGUGACCAACAGGUCACUCCCUGAAACCGUCAUCUACGGAAUUCUUCUGGGAGUUCUAAUAGUGCUGACGAUCCUUGGAAAUGUUAUGGUGUUAGCCUCAUUUGUGUUGGAAAAACGACUUCGAAUUUUGGUGAACUAUCCCAUAAUAUCACUGGCACUUGGCGACCUACUUCUUGGACUUCUAGUGUUACCCUUCAGUGCACUGCUCACAGCCACACAACAUUUUCCAUUUGGUGCAAUAUGGUGUAAUAUCUACAUCUCUUUCGAUGUCAUGCUCUGUAAAGCCUCAAUCUGGAAUGUCACCGCCAUAAGUGUCGACCGCUACAUUGCAGUCACAUGGCCUUUAAGGUAUCGUCAACACAUCAGUCACAAAAAAGUUUUUGCUGUGUUACUGGCAAUUUGGUUUGUGGCAGCCAUUACUGCUUUUGUACCCAUCUACAUGGGCUGGAAUACAGCAGAUGGAUUGGUUCAGAAUCUAGGUCAGGCAGAGGCACCCUCCUGCCAUCUGGCGGUUGAAAAUUUAGCAUACAGCGUGACACUAUCUCUCACAGAUUUUAUCAUUCCUUUGAUCCUGCUUUUGUUCACCUACGUUCAAGUUCUGGUGAUAGCGAGGCGUCAAGCGCAAUUGAUUCAAACGCCCCGGAUCGCUUUCAACAGUCACGCAAACGGACCAGAGUUGCCAACGCUGAACACGAAAGAGUUACGGGCCACAAUAAUGCUAUCGGCGGUCAUAGCAACAUUCCUACUGUGUUGGAUACUUUACAUGGUGACCUUCAUCAUAAAACCUUUCAUCCCUCACCUUGACAAUGACCUUGACCUGACAGCACUCUGGCUGGGGUACCUGAACUCGACAGCCAACCCCUUUGUGUACGCCGUGGCGCAUCCCAAAUUUCGGAGAACAUUCAUGAGAAUUCUGUGCCCAAAAUGGCUCUGUAAAUGUGCCAAGCAUCAAAGGAAUAGCGACUCUCCCGACUCGAACUUCAAUGCACAAAAUGCCCGCCUCUGUGGCCCUGAGACCAGCAUGAUAGAUGUCGCCUGCAUCUCUUUCCAAAGUUGAUAUAUAAACAAUAUAUGUAUGUAUUUAUCAAUAUGAACAUAUUUAUCUGAUAUUGCAACCUCAUAGCGAGGCAAAAAAAUGUUUACUCAUGCUCACAAAACUUGGUCAAGCAUUCAGAAUUGAGGUAAUUGUUAGUUAUUAGACUAGGGUCAUUCCACAGGAAAGUGAACAAAUGAGUCUUGUCACUGACACACAAAUUUAGUGAAAAAUGUGUACUAUGUUCUCUCUUAAACACUAUGCUCCUCUCUUCCCCAAUUUGGAAAGAAAUCAACAGAAAUUAAAAAGUGAUUUCCAGCUGUUUUGCCAAUAUUGCAUAAGCAAAAUGUGUGUGUCAUGGACGUGACUUUAAUUUUUAUUUUGAAUGACUCACCACUUUAAGCUAUGGGACUAUUAAAAAAAAUUAGGCCAAAAGUUGGUACUAACUGUUUGUCUGAAGAGUCUGUUCAGUAAGUAGUCAGACAAAUGAAAUGGUAUUAUGUUUUUUUUUUUUUCAGCAUCAGCUACCAGAGAAAUUGCAUUACUGUGUCACAUAGUUAUAUACUCAAUGAUUCUUAGUGCACUUAAUUUCUGGUCACACUUCAUAGAUUACUGCACCCUAAUCAAUAGCUCAGCAACUUUCUUAGUAACACACUUAUUUUUAAAUCCCAACCAAUGUUGAUGUGAAAAGGCCAGAUUGAGUACCUGAUAACACUUGGUAAAGAUGUUAUAAAAACAGCCUUCUUAUUGAAAUAGAAUCAUAAAUAAUUUUUUAUCACAGCCAAAAGCAUUUAAAGUAUGAUGUAAUAUUUGGCGAAAAUGCACCAAGCUUAGAAACUCACAGCAGUGCUUUUGACUUCUUCCAAUUCAGUUAAUUUAGUUAAAGGCAGAAGAAUGUACCAUUUCUCCACAAAUAGAUUUUUUUAUACCACUGUCACAUAUAAAAUUCUGGUGUAACACAGUUACAAUCGAUAAAAAUGUAUUAAAGUAUUGAAGCUUACAGCCAAGUUUCUGACUCCUCGCUAGAAGGUACAUCUCACAAGGGUACUGCUUUAAUCAUUGAAAUAUGCUGUAAUGACUAAAUCUUCUCAAUUAGGAAAAUUAUUAAUCUUUCAGAUACAUACAUUUAGAAUCAUUAAAAAAUAUUUCUUUGUCACAUUUGUAGUGUUUUUACAGUAAAGAU